UUGGCACAAUCGAGGGCUUUGUGCUCUGUGGCUCUCUGCAUUUUUAUUUUUAAACUAUUUGCUAGCCCUCCUAUCAGCUUGCAUCUCAGACUUGAGUCCAGUGUCUGCUCUCAAUAGCCUUCUGUAUAAAGACAGAAAAGAGCCCUUCCCCUGUCCCUCUACCCCCCUCACGCUCUCUCUCUCCCUCUCUCUUUCUCUAUGUGCCUCUCUCUCUUUCACACACUGACAAGUGCAAGUCCCCUGACAGGGAGCCUGAUCACUUUGAGAGUUGAAAGUGGAGGAGGAGGGUGCCAGAGACAUCAGGUUUGCAUAAUAUACAGAGAGAGAGAGCACCUGCCAGGUGAAUGGGCUUCGGUCAUAUGUAAUGAUAAGGAAAGUACUGGACCAUGAGGUGGGGUUGUGACAGCAUGUGUGACCCAACGGGAGCAGGAAAAAGGCACCAGUGGACCGGACAGCUCUUCUUAUACUCACUGCUAUACACUCUGAGGAGAAACAACCGUCCUAGGUUUCAACUUCAGUGGCAUUUUUAAUCUAACUGCAGUUGCUGGAUUUAUGCACAAAAGGAUAACCCUCAAUUUGGGACCAUGGUUGUCAAACAGGGGAGGCAAUGGAGGUCGAUGUGCAAAGGCCUUGUCCUGGGUGCCCUACUUACCAGCUGUAUGAUCCUGCUCUACUGCCUUUCUGCUCCACAGGUCCACUUCAACCUGCCCGAGGUGCCAGUGCCUUACUCCUGCGCUCAUCAGCCUGCUCAAGCCCACGCCACACCAUUCACAAAUGGCUCCCAGCAUGCCGCGGGACAGACGGGCCUCUGCACUCCCAAAGUGGAUGUCAUGUUCAUGAAGACCCACAAGACGGCCAGCAGCACGCUCCUCAACAUCCUCUUCCGCUUCGGAGAAAAGCACAGGCUCAAGUUUGCCUUUCCAGACAGCCGUAAUGACUUCUUCUACCCAUCCCCAUUCCAACGCUCCCAGGUCAAGGACUACAGGCCCGGCAUGUGCUUCAAUAUCAUAUGCAACCACAUGCGCUUCAAUGCACCGGAGGUGGCCAAGGUGCUCCCCACAGACACCUCCUACAUCACCAUCCUCAGAGACCCGGCUGAGCUCUUUGAAUCCUCCUUCCACUACUUUGGCCGCCUGGUGCCCAUGACCUGGAAAAUACCAGGCAAGGACAAGGUGGGGGAGUUCCUGCGCGACCCCCGCCACUACUUUGACCCUGAUGGCUUCAACUCCUUCUACCUCAAGAAUCUUCUGUUCUUCGACUUCGGGCAGGACAACACUCUGGAGCUGGGCGACCCGAGGGUGGAGGAGGGCAUCCGGGCCAUCGCAGGCUGCUUCCAGCUGGUCAUGCUGGUGGAGCACUUUGAGGAGUCCCUCAUCCUGCUCAUGGACACCCUCUGUUGGGAGAUGGACGACCUGCUCUUCUUCAAGCUCAACGCCCGGAAGGGCUCCACCGUGUCCAAACUGACCCCAGAGUUGAGGGCCAAGGCCCUGGAGUGGAACGCCGUGGACUGGAGGCUUUACCAACACUUCAAUGCAACCUUCUGGAGGAAGGUGGAGGCAUACGGGCACCAGCGGAUGGCUGACGACGUGGCGGAGCUCCGGAGGAGGAAUGCAGAGAUGGCGGCCGUCUGUAUUGAGGGAGGGCAUGCUGUGGAUGCAGAUAGCAUCCAGGAGACAGUCAUGCAGCCCUGGCAGCCCAUCGGGGAGAAGUCCAUCAUGGGCUACAACCUGAAAAAGAACGUGGACAAGGCCCACCUCAAGCUGUGCCGUAAGAUGCUCACACCCGAGCUGCAAUACCUGACAGAGCUGGGGGUCAACCUGUGGAUCACUAAGCUGUGGGGGCAUGUGAGAGACAUGAUCAACUGGUGACAAGCGGGUGACUGGAGAGAUGGGCCAAUGUUACAUUAGAGAGCAUAGAGAGAGAGAGAGAGAGAGAGAGUGAGUGAAGGAGUGAGUGAGUGAGUGAGUGAGUGAGUGAGUGAGAGAGUGAGAGUGAGAGAGAGAGAGAGUGUGUGGUAUAUCCUUGGCCUGAAUGCCUGCAUAAGGUCAUAAGGGGUUGUGUUUAGCAUGGAAUGAUGAACUCUUCCUAUGUGUCAGCAGUAUUGACUUGUUUGCCUAAAUGGAAAACUCCACCUCAAAACGAUAUUUUUGUAUUUGUUUCAUUAGUCCAUUGUUGAUAUUGUCCCAAAUGUUUUUGCAUGUCAGCAAUCAAGUUUUCAGAAAUACAGCUAGUAUGAUGCAUUUUGAAUCAUAUGAUGCUGUGUUUUGCAUAAGAUGAUGCAAAAUGCGUCAUACCAGCUGUAUUUCUGUAUUUUGAAAGUUAUAUAUCUUGAAAACCUGAUCGCUGACUAGCAAAACAUUUUGGGACUAUAUCAACA